AUGGCUCAGAGAACGCCCAGCGCUUCGAGAACCAAGAAGAAAGGCUCGGCGACUGCAACCCCGAAGCAAGUGGCGAUUGAACCAUGCGGUGACCAGGACCAAGACGUCGACGGCCCACAGCAGCGCCAGCUGCUACCGUGCGGCACCACGGUCUACGGCCACGGCGACUUCCAGCGACUCUUCUGCUGCUUCGUCAUACUGACGCUCAUCGUGCUGCAGUGCCACAGUCAGGCGACCUCCCUGAUUGCACGGCCCGUGGUCCACUGGUACAAGCCUCCCUCCAAGUUCGCCGACCUUUCAACCUCCCGCUGGAAGAACUUCGGCAUUCCCCUGGACGACCCAGGGUUCCGGUCAGCCAGGAGCUUCUGGAACCUGGUGUGCCACCGGACCUGGUUACUGACCCUCGGCAACGCGGUGCACAUGAGCGGCGCCCUGUUCGUUGUCCCGGUCGCCGGGUGCAUGGCGGACGCUUACCGCCGCAAGCUCGUCAUCGCCUCCGGCGUCGCGGUGCUCCUGCUGAGCACUCUGGGAACCUCCUUCACGCGCUCCUAUCGGCUACACCUGGUGACGAGGUUCUUACUCCGCCUGCGCCAGUACCGUCUUCGUAAUCUCCCUCAUAUCCUGCUGUACGAAGUGGCGCCGCUCACCUAUCGCGUCUUCUACGUGGGCAUUUCCUGCUCGCUGGGCGUCCUCCUGGUUGACGUGUCGCAGAUGAAGCCGGCCGCGUUCCCGCUCUCCUGGUACGUGCUCCAGGACGUCAUUCUGUCGCCGACCGCGCCACUGGUGCUGGCGACGUGCACCGUGCGCGAAUCUCCCGCCUGGCUGCUGGUGCUGUCCCGUGUCGACGAGGCCGAGGCGAUCGUGCUUGAGGCAGCCAGGAUGAACGACGUGCACCGAGUCACGGCCCGACAGGCCAUAUGCAGAGGCUACGCACUGACAUAA